AUGAGGAGAGCGCUGAUUCUCCAGAUGUGGAUAGUUUUAUUUCUGGGGACUUUUAGCAGAAUGGGAAAUGCUCAGGUCGCCAAUGCCAAGGUGCUGAGAGGCAACAGCAUAACCACCGACUUGUACCGCAGUGACGAAAACAUCACGGUGACUUCAGCGGGCGGUUUCAUCUCCAGCCCAAACUACCCCAAAGCCUAUCCCCGAAACCUGUGCCUGUCAUGGAAACUGCUGUCACCACCUGGGACCGUCAUCCACCUUGAGUUUGAUGAACAGUUCAACAUAGAGGAGCCUGUGAAAGGAAAGUGCAGUUAUGACUAUGUUGAGGUGGAGGAAAAAUCCCAGAGCAGCACCAUAAAGUGGGGACGUUGGUGUGGACAGAAGGCACCCUCUAGUCUAACCUCUAAAUCCAACACACUCAGAAUCACCUUUAAGUCGGACGAUUACUUUGUCGCAAAGCCGGGAUUCAAAAUCCACUACUCACUUGUGGGUGACACCAACUUGGAGGCAGCUCCAGAACUCUUGUCGGACAUGGGAACAAAUGAGAUGCCAACCACAGAGGUUCCUCAGACACUGGAGGACCUGGACAAAACCAUAGCUACUUUUGACACAAUAGAAGAACUUCUUAAAUCUUUGAGCCCAGCUACUUGGAGGCAAGACCUGGAAAGCAUCUACACUCAAACUUACAUAUAUUACAGAUCCAAGUCCUACCACCUGGCAAGUAGACAAAACAAAGUUGAUUUGAAUCGCCUUCAUGAUGAUGUCAAGCGAUUUAGCUGCACACCGCGCAACUACUCUGUGAAUCUGCGAGAAGAGCUGAAGACCACCAAUGCUGUCUUCUUCCCUCGAUGUCUUUUGGUGAAACGGUGUGGAGGCAACUGUGGCUGUGGAACCAAUAACUGGAACACUGGCUGUUCCUGUCAGCCUUUGAAAACCACGACAAAGCUUCAUGAGGUGCUCAAGUAUUCCCCAGAGACCAGUCCAUACAAGCAGCAGCAGCAGAAACAGCGGGUGCGCUGGGUUAUUGGGGAAAUUUUCCUUUCCCAUCAUGAAACAUGCGAGUGUGCGUGUCCUCUGCAGCCCCCUCGCUGAGAUGUUGAUCCUGGCUAUAGAACUGAUGGAUUACAUUUUUUUUCCUGGUUUGCAUCGGACUCUAUAUACCAAACAGCACCGCUGACAAACACGCAGCAGAGAAGAAGGCUUGCAUCGUACAAAAUGCGAUUAGCUUUAGGUAAUAACUUUCUCUGAGCACAGCUCGCUUUUUUUUUCUUUUUUCAAAAAUGCACUAAAUGUUCCUGUCAAACAUGUUUUCAUGUUUGUUUUUAUCUACUCAAACUACACCUAAUGUAGUUGGGUCUGACUGGAGUACUAACACCUUUCAUACUUUGUCACGUUUUGUAAUGUUGGAACUACAGUAGUGUUGCGCCGAUGCCAUUCUUUGGCCCCGAUACCGAUACCCGAUACCUGGCUGUGCAGUAUCAGCCGAUACCGA